AGGAACUCGUGUCAUAUUCGCGUCGGAAUGUGUUCAAGGACCUUGUCACGUCCGUCGAUACCCCUUCGCCUUACUGGUCCAGCCGACUACCUUGCGGAGCUGCCGCUUCUCUCCAGCACAUACAUCCACUUCGACAACGCCAACUUGAAAGUCGAUCUCUUUUGCACGGGCGAGGUUCCGGCCGACGCUGUCCGUCUUGUCUGUGGCGGGCAAUGGCCUCUCGGACCUUCCCGCGUCCAUUCCAUACUCGUUGCUGACAAACUUCGACGCAUCCAACAACCAACUUACAAGCGUCGCAAACAUCGACUUUCGGCAUGCCACAGACUUGACCUUUACAGGCAACCCAGAGGUGGCCACAUUUUCAAAGGUGUUGAUGGCAUCCCAGCUCAUGUCGUUGAACUUUGGGACCGCAGCUCUCACGACGUUCCUCGUGGAUGAAUCGUCGUUCCGAGCUCUCGACGCCCUCCCCACUACCUUCCGCGUCGGCUCGAUCGACGUGUCCGGCUCGUGCCGGUUGCCCAACGUCCCGCGCUUCGUCAAGAAAUACACGAUUUGUGACAUUCGAGAUCCGUCGACAUCGGACGACGCGAUCGGCAGCGGACGGCCGUCGGCGCACCCCAACUUUGGCCUGAUUGUGGCGCUGGCCCUAGGCGGCGGGUUCGUAUUGGGCACCGCCGCGUGGGUUGUGUACACGCGCCGCCGCCACGUCACGGAUGCCUUGCACAACCACCUCGAGAAGAAUGAUGUGCAACGACCCACACACAUUACAGACCACGCAUCGACUGGAGGGUUCAGUUACCAAGACACGUCGAGCCAACGCAACCUACUCGGACCAUCCACAUCAUCCCCGCCAACGUCAACUUUCUUGCACAUGGAGGAACUAGCUCUGAUUCGACAGGAAGAGUCCAAAUUGAACAAAACCAGAGUCGUCGCCCAAGGCGCGUACGGCCAAGUGUGGUAUGGCGAAUACAAAGGAGCCCCCGUAGCGGUCAAGUGCAUGUUGCCUGGCAAACACGAGAAAACCGACGUACAAUCCCUGUUUGUGAGUCGAUACAUUGUCCGAACGAUUGGCGCGAGUUGGUCGACCCCGGCGACGUUGGAGAUGGUCGUGGAAUGGAUGGACAGGGGCGACUUGAAGCACGUGCUGGACCAGUCCAAGCCAUCCAUUGCAUCAGUCCAACCUCGGAAGGACGAAACGACGUUUUUUCCGUGGAGCGACAAGGUCCAGUGUAUGCUGGCGAUUGCGGAAGGGCUCGUGUAUUUGCAUUCGAUGGACGUGAUCCACCGCGACUUGAAAUCUCGCAACGUGUUGUUGGACUCUCAAACGGGCACCAAGUUGACGGACUUUGGGGCGUCGCGGGAAGCCAACAGCGAGACCAUGACCAUUGGCGUGGGCACGUAUCGAUGGAUGGCGCCGGAGAUCCUCAAGGAGAACUACUACACUGUCGCGGCAGACGUGUACUCGUUCGGGAUGGUCAUCACCGAGUUGGACACGCAUGCAAUUCCGUACGCCAACAAGAUCAACGGAAAAGGUAGCCAUGACAAACGAUGGGAUGCCUGAUAUCUU